AUGUCUCUCGCAUACAAAGUGGAUGAAUUGCUUGCGUUGCGUGAUUCGGUUUCGGAAUCAGCCGUGUCGAUCGAGAAGUUUCCUGAUGAGGAUGUUAUCAGAGAACACGUUCUGCGUCCAUCUGCAUCUGCAGCAGCAAAUCUCAACAGCAGGUUGUCGAACAGAAGCCUGCGGGUUCCUCCUACGACGACUCCCGCUCCGCUCGGGUCUCAGAAGAAGCCAUCGCCUACACCAUCGUUGAAGCGAGGAAAAGCCGAGAAACUUCUUAAGGAGCACGGCAGUCCACCUGGUUUGCGAGUGACUGCAGGAGGCAGAAUUGUUCCCAGCGACCUUCCACCACUUGGCACGGCUCGAUACGGCGACACCGCGUACCGGCCGCAACAACCGUUGCGAGUCGCUCCGGGCAACGUCAUGCCGAUGCAAGUCCCGUCGAACGGCAAUAACACUGCCCGGAUUGGGGUUAUUGGUGGUCAGCCUGUCAUCUUCAUCGGAGAUCGCAUGUUUGCACUGCCGACAGUUAGCACGACCAGCUCUACACUGCCUCCUAAUGGCUCUGCCGCUAUGGAUCCAGCAAUCAAGCGAGGCCCUGACCCAUCUACAUCAGCUGUACAUGGUACCAUUCCAGGCGCUUCCUUUGGCCUGCCACGUUCUGGUACUCACACUCCGUUUGCUGGCAUGGACCUUGCUACGCUGAAGGCACAACAGACCAUCAAGAAGCAAGAGCUCCGAACUGUCGAGCAGACUGAAGUGCUACAGUCGAGCCACCAGAGUGACGCAUGGCGAGCGAGUAUGAUCGAGAAGAAGCGCUGCCUUAUUGUUGAACUCGAUGCCCUCAGGAAGCAGAUAUCGGCACUGGAGUCGGGUGCCAUCGCAGCCCAGCCCGGUUCCUUCUCCAAUGCAGUCGGCGCGUCCACAGCACCUGUCCCCUCAUUUGGAGUCCAGAACCAACAGCCGUUUGCUCCUGCAAUGUAUCCCUUCGCCACUGGCAAUCAGUAUGCACCCAUGACGAUGUAUCAGUCGCAACCGCAGCCCUAUGGUGCCUUCCCCAGCUUCCCCUCUGUGGAGCCGGCAGCGUUUGUACCAAGCACGGCCAAUCCACAUGCGCCGCACUCUCCUCCUGGAUCAGCCAACCGCCGUUCUCGUGCCAUUGAGAUCAAGCCCCCGCCUCCGGAGGAGGGUAAGAAGCCUUCAUCUCUUAACCCGAAGAGCCCCACCUAUGAGCCAGCUGCAAAAUCCGGUGACACGCAAGGAACUGUACCGCCUACGCCUUCGCCAGAGAAGUCAUCGCCUUGGCAUAUCCAAGAGGCUUCAGAGCCCAGCAAGCACGAUAGCGGGGCACCGACCCGAAAGCACAGUGUAUCCAGCGUUGAUACCAUGGAUUUCUUCCCUAUCAAUACACACGAGCACUCUUCUACACGGGUAGCGCCACCGAGCAAGGACACCAACCAGUCGACUGAGACUCAUACUGCUCCAUUGACACCAGAGGAACAUUGGCCUGCCAGCCCAUGGAACGAAGAGCACCCAGGCCGCGCUGGCAAGCAUGAGCCUGCACCCAAGCUUACCUCAUGGCCAGAAGCAUUCGGCAAGCAGCCUUCACUGCCCUCCCUGCGACAGAGCACUGCGAACCAGUCGUUGUCGGCCCCCAUCGAGCGUAUACCAGGCAUGGAAGCAAACGUAGCCAGGACUGCUCUGAGCAGUAAUGCAGUCUCGCGGGUGAACUCGGCCCAAGAUAGCAGCACUGGUCAGAGCUGGAAGCUCUCUGACAAGUCCGUCGUGCACGUUCCAAGCACAUAUCAAGAAGGCUACCAGGCUGGCUACGAUCAUGUUGGUAUUCCGGACAGUCCGGAUGUGCUGCAAGGCUAUAUUCAAGGUCUACUGCAUUUCCUCACGGACGAAACCAAGAAGCGCCAAGCCGAGUACCAACACAGUGCCAACUCUAGCACCCCUUCGCUCCGAGGACUGGUUGCUGGGUCCUUACCUCACGACUCUCCUCGUGGCAUCGACAGCUUUGGUAGUAGCCAAGAGAAUGUUCGGUUGUCAAAGCCCAGCCUGAGUGACGAUGCUCGUCGCGAUUUCGGACUUGGCUCCCAAGGUGACGUCCAGGGAGGACUUGUCCCGUACAGGAUGGGCAAUGAAGUGAUGAAGGCUUCACAGCAGCGUAUCGUCUCAGGUGCGCGUUACCUCGCACCUCCUAGUCUUUUCCCACUGAAGAUGGUAUCUGGACAUGGGCAAGCUAUGGCUUCAAACACUCAGAACGAUGCGAGCAAGGAGAUUCGGGACAGAGGUAUUGGACAGUCGAAUGGUGGAACGCCACAGCAGUUCUUGGGUAUCCAGGUGCAGAAUCACAACUUGGGCACACCGUUGACCAUGCAACGCUACUACACUACGGCCAAGGAACAGGGCUCUCAAGAGCUUGGACUGGAUGGAGCUAUGGAUGACCUUGCGGAGAUGAUCAACGAUACGCAUAUCAACGACUGUGGCACGUCUAUGGCGGGGGAGAAGCGGCCUGCCGAGACAGCCAACACCACGGAGUACGAGGAGAGCGAUGCAUCUUGUUUCAAGUCGUCGAGCGGCAAAGGCAAGCAGAAGGCCGCGUCUUCGCCCACCAAGACGACUGACACGGAGCGCGAGACUGUGACAUCGUCGCGUACCAACACUCCCGGAUCACCCAAGAAGGCCGGAGAGCAUUCACCGGCAAAGGCGAAGCUAGAGCAGGUGACGAACAAGUUCCGCCGUGGCAAGAAAGACGACGUUCGCACCAUGUCGCCUGAGGAGAGGACGAAGCGUUCGGAGAAGUGGCGCCAGCGCUUCCAGCAGCUCAAGAAGACGGAGAUGGAGGAGAUUGAGGCGUAUCGUAGGAACUCGCGCACUUGA